CAGAACCAGGUUGACAGCUGCGCUACCAACACCACUUGCGGCCUCUCCACUCUCAAGGUCCCUCCCCCACCGCUGUUCGCCAACCUGACCCCUGACUGUAAGCCUGUGGCAACUAAAAGCAGGAGGUACAGUGCGGGGGACAGGGCCUUCAUUCAGUUGGAGGUGCAGCGGCUGCUCAGGGAGGGGAUCAUUGAGCCAAGCUCAAGCCCUUGGAGGGCCCAGGUGGUUGUUGUUCGGACUGGGCAGAAAAAUAGGAUGGUGGUGGACUAUAGUCAAACCAUCAAUAGGUUUACGCAGCUUGACGCGUACCCCCUACCCCGCAUCGCGGAUAUGGUCAACCAGAUUGCUCAGUACAAGGUGUACUCGACAAUAGAUCUGAAAUCCGCUUAUCACCAGCUCCCCAUCUGCCCAGAGGACCGCCCCUACACCGCCUUCGAGGCGGGCGGCAGGCUCUGUCACUUCCUGCGCGUCCCUUUCGGUGUCACGAAUGGUGUCUCUGUCUUCCAGAGGGAAAUGGACCGGAUGGUGGACCAGUACCAACUGCAGGCCACAUUUCCCUAUCUGGAUAACAUCACCAUCUGUGGUCACGACAGGCCAGAUCACGACGCCAACCUCCAACGAUUUCUCCAAGUGGCCGCAGCUCUGAACCUUACUUAUAACAGGGACAAGUGUGUGUUUGGAACCACCCGCCUUGCUAUACUUGGGAAGUCUGUCACUGGGACCACCCUACCAGUUUGGCUGACGUUCCCGGGGCCAGUGCUGCUCCGGAAACAUGUGAGGAGCAAUAAAUACUCCCCGCUGGUGGAGAGGGUUCACCUUCUACAUGCGAACCCCCAGUAUGCUUACGUGGUCUUACCUGAUGGGCGGGAGGACACGGUCUCCAUCCGCGACCUGGCACCCGCAGGUGCAGCAGACCACUACCCUGAAGGCUCUCCAGUAACUAUGAACCCUGCACCAGAGGUGACACCGUGCUCACCAGGCCCUACACAGACUCCUCACGACACUUGUAUACCGGGCGUUUCGUACGCAUUUAUACCAGGCGCCUCGCACAUGCGUGAGGGAUCACCGGCUCCUAGUGGGCAGGAACAAGCGCAACCUCCGUCCCCUGUGCAAUCACCAAUGUUGCCGGCAUCCAUGCGAUCACAGCCGGUGCUACGUAGAUCGCAGCAACAGAUUCGACCACCUGAUAGACUUGACUUGUAAGAAACUUCGCCACAUGGGGACUCUUUCAAACAAAGGGGGGGGUGAAUGUGGUGAACUAUGUGCCUGUCUGGACACGCCCCCUGCUGACUGCUCCUGUGGCUCCUCCCACAGGCCCCUGUAUAAAGGCGAUCUGAGGCCUGACGCUCGGCCUCAGUCUCCAGGACAUAGUAUGAUGGACACUCACUCCUGGUUCCUUCUUCCAGUCAAUAAAAGCC